CUCUCUCUCUCCACUCUUUUCAAACGCCCAGACCUUCAAAAAGCCGUGAGUAGAAAUAAAGCAGCAGCUUCUGUAACCAUCAGUUCUUAUCUUUAAUUUCUUCCUCUCCAACCUCAUCCCAAGCCUUCUUCUCUUUCUCAUCUCCUCACCAAAUCCUUUGCUUGCUCUCGAAUCUAAGCUAGAUAUAUAUUGCUUGAUUGGAAUAAUCCAUUCAUGAUCUUAAACAGCCUCGACAUCAUGAAACCGGAUCCGUUCUCCGAAGAGGUGGACAGCGUGCAAGGAAUAGGGAGAAGACGGAAAGACGGUGAGAAAAAGGAAAGGAAGCCUCCGCAGCUUCUACCGCCGCCGCAGCAGGCUGGCGACGGCGCGAGCAUCGAGUUAGCGAAGCGCCCACGUGGACGGCCGCCGGGGUCGAAAAACAGGCCGAAGCCGCCGGUGGUUAUCACAAAGGAGGCGGAGCCGUCAGCCGCGAUGCGGCCGUACGUGCUGGAAAUUCCCGGCGGCCACGAUAUCGUUGACUGCCUCGCGCGUUUCUCUCGCCGGCGUAAGCUGGGAAUAUCCGUGCUUGCGGCGACCGGCGCCGUGGUCAACGUGACGAUACGCCAGCCAGGGGUCGAGGCAGCUAUCGUGUUCCACGGGCGGUUCGAGAUCCUGUCAAUUUCGGCCACGUUCAUGCCUCCGGCGAUAGCCGCGGCAGCAGCGGCGGGGACUGGAAUCACGAUUUCGCUUGCGGGACCGCAGGGGCAAGUAAUCGGAGGGACGGUAGUAGGGACAUUAUUGGCGGCUGGGGUGGUGAUAGUGGUGGCGGCAGCGUUUGCGAAUCCGACAUUUCACCGGCUGCCGGAGGAGGAAGAGUUAUCGGUAUCAGUUUCGGUUUCGGGGAACGAUGCGACGGCUGAAGUAGCCGCCCAGCCGCAGUAUCAUGAAGACGAGCAUCAGCGUUUCUUUCACCAUUUUCAUCUACAACAGCCGCAUUCGUCGCCGUCUCCGCCACACCCGCCUGCUGCAGCGGCGGAGUCGGGUGGCAUGGCGAUGUAUGGUUCACACUUCUCACAGGACAUUGUAUGGCCACCUGGUGGCCGCCCGUCGCAUCCGCCUUACUGAUUUAAACCUUCCCGAUAUUGACAUGGUUAUAUUCUCGCCUGCAACUGCUUUCUUUCUCUCUGGCUCUCAAAUCUUCAGUCUUUUUAUCUCUUUUUUUUUCCUUUAGCAGAGUAGUUGUAGAUCAUUUUUUCUUUACCUCUCGUUCUCUAUCUCUUUCUGAAAUAUCUUUUGUUCUUCUUCUAUUUAUGUCGAAUUAUCCCAAAUCUUUUUUUUUUCAAAUCUGCACUGAGUUGGACUCCAAGUGCUGAUACUGCAUCAUGAAAUUUUGUUUUAAACCAAGUGAUGGGUUACUGGUUCUGUUAUUUAUUGUUUGUAUCUUAUUAUCUAGUAAUUUUGGUAAUUUUUUUUUUUA